GUCUUAUUCAAUCGAAAAGCCACACAAUGAAAAUUUCGAAAACGAUGGAGCCUGGCUGGUGAAACCUUCCGGUUCAAGGGCGAGAAGGGUAGCGAGAAUACCGAAGCCCCUUUCGGCUGGUAGGGAAAAAUAGAAACCAGCCUUUCAACUUCUUUACAACUUACCUCCAAAACGACCUCGUUGACUGCAACUAGCAAUCAACGCCGUUGCUACCCUACGAUAUAUCCAGCCGUGCUGCGUUCCUGCAAUGCUGCAUUCGUACACGAUUUUCAACUAAGCUGCUGCCACUCCGCCGCUCCCGUUCAGCAAAAUGCGCAACGAAGACUUAAAGAAACCGGCAAAAUACGUCCUUCCCUACCGGAAAGGCGAUGAGAAUCAAGACACAUACGAGCUCAUGCCGCUUCCAGGUCCAGCUCCAGAUCCAAAUCUUCACAGGUUUGCGGAGAUUCCCAUAAAGAUCAAGUCCAAACGCGUCAGGCUCGUUAGAAGACUUCAAAAGAAACCACGAUUAUAUAAACUUGUGCCCAUUCAAGAUUCGACUUUCCACCAAUUCGCGAAAUUACCCGACAAGAUCAAGUCCAGAGUUUGGCGCGAAUUCUACCUAGAACCUAGAUACUACAUCGCAGAACUUCAUCCAAAAGAUCAUAAGAUAGAAGGCAAGGACUACAACUGGGACCUGGAAUCUUGCGAUGAGGAAUUGUCCGGCGAAGAGCCUUGCGUAGAGCACAUGGCCGAAGAGGACGCUUCCAAGGAGAUGACCCCGGAGGAUAAUUCUUCAAAGAACAGCACUCCGCAGUCCGACGCCCUGCAUACCAAUGCUCUCAAGCAGCAACCAUAUGACGAGUAUCUAUCCGAUGAGUAUAGUUCCGAAGAAGAAUCUUCAGAGGAUGAAGUUGCUGAGAAUGGAGAUGCUGAGGAUGGAACUGCAGAGAAUGGGACGGUUGAGAAUGGGGCUAUCAGGGAUAGAGCCAUCGAUGAUCCAUUCGACGAGCUAGAAUUCGGCCAAGUAGAAGAUGAGUUAGACAACGUUGAGGGCCGCGAUUCCACUGAUUCGCUCGUCCGGCCAUCAAGCAACGCCUCAAACCCAUUCGACAAAGAAAACGAGGAAACGGACAAACAGACACACCGUACGGUGUUUUGGACUCUGUCCAGACAGGAUGCAGAGUACUCGGAUGGCUACUACGACUCCGUCGACACAAAGAUCGAUUCUUUGUCGAGAUCCGUUGCUCAAAGCGUCAGGUCGCCAUUCUGGUUUCCGACUUUCGUCAAGGACGAGCUCGAGCAGGGCGAGGAAGGUCCCUGGAUGGCGAUCCCUCCACCAAAAGAUCCGGCAUCGAAAAUGGGAAAGAGUGUCACCAUCAACUGGGACAUUGAUUUUGUCCACUUAAAGGUGCGCUUCCGCAAAUGUGUCACAGAAAGCAUCGGCUGGAUGCAAAAUAUCCAAAACCUCGUCGUCGACACGAAACCUUUCAUAGCGCGACGUCCGCAACACGUCACAAACACAUGUUUAUGGAUGUGGACCAACAAAGCAACACUUGCAAACCUGAAGACUAUCCGACAAAUCGCCGCACCAGAAUACCAAGUCCCGUUCUGGCAUUCCGAGUGGUGUCAUUACCAGAUUAGACACCUUCUCCGUUUCGCGCCGGGAACUCCUCCCCAGUGGCGCGACAUCCAAUCCGAACUGGUGUCUGAUGAGUUCUGGCUUCCACCUGACAACUUACCACGACAACCCCAGUGGAAAAAAUUCGUCCGGGACUUUUUUGGCAAGUUGAGACACGCGGUUGGGAGUCGAACCUUCAAGAAUUACAUGAGGGUCCCCCAUCGCUCCGAUAAGGAUGAGGCAAAAGGCGCACGUGUGCUUUUCGAUGUCGUCAAGCGACAUCCAAGCCAUUUCCACGGCGUACUCUUCCAUUCACCUGAUAAAUGCGGCCAUAAUUUUACUGCUGCAGAGAUAUGCUAGAUUUUGGGGCCGCAUGUAGUGAACGGGAGUUGGUGAUUUUACUGAGCCUCAUUCUUCGAUGGCCGACAGCGUAUCGAGACACUUGCAGCACUGACAUCACUCCAAGGAGUAUUUCUCAUAUGCCUUAUAGGCUGGAUCUAGAGCCCAAUGCUAUAGCCCAAUGUCAGAAUUAUCAUGUUUGAGUCAAAG